CCCGCCGCUUGUGAGCUCGCGAGAGGUGUGGCUCGCGCGAGGGGCGCGGCCUUGAGGCACAGUCCCCUCUGGAGGCGGGAUCUGGGCGGGCAGUCGAGAGACCAGGCCCAAUGGCAAAGAAAAGCCUGAGCGCUCGCGUCCCCAUAGGUCGCCAGAAACUUGGCGGAGCGAGCCAAGGGCGGAGUUUGAGAAAGGGGCUGCGUCCAAUGAGUGGAGCAGCGAGUACAGCGCGUCGACAGCGGAGGCGGGAAGGGGGCGGAGGCCGACCGAAGGCGGCUAGGGACUGGCUGAAGGGGAACCGCGGCAGGGGCCAAGCCUCCUCAACUAUGACCUCAACCGGCCAGGAUUCCACCACAACCAGGCAGCGAAGAAGUAGGCAGAACCCCCAGUCGCCCCCUCAGGACUCCAGUGUCACUUCGAAGCGAAAUAUUAAAAAGGGAGCCGUUCCCCGCUCUAUCCCCAAUCUAGCGGAGGUAAAGAAGAAAGGCAAAAUGAAGAAGCUCGGCCAAGCAAUGGAAGAAGACCUAAUCGUGGGACUGCAAGGGAUGGAUCUGAACCUUGAGGCUGAAGCACUGGCUGGCACUGGCUUGGUGUUGGAUGAGCAGCUAAAUGAAUUCCAUUGCCUCUGGGAUGACAGCUUCCCAGAAGGCCCUGAGCGGCUCCAUGCCAUCAAGGAGCAACUGAUCCAGGAGGGCCUCCUAGAUCGCUGCGUGUCCUUUCAGGCCCGGUUUGCUGAAAAGGAAGAGCUGAUGUUGGUUCACAGCCUAGAAUAUAUUGAUCUGAUGGAAACAACCCAGUACAUGAAUGAGGGAGAACUCCGUGUCCUAGCAGACACCUACGACUCAGUUUAUCUGCAUCCGAACUCAUACUCCUGUGCCUGCCUGGCCUCAGGCUCUGUCCUCAGGCUGGUGGAUGCGGUCCUGGGGGCUGAGAUCCGGAAUGGCAUGGCCAUCAUUAGGCCUCCUGGACAUCACGCCCAGCACAGUCUUAUGGAUGGCUAUUGCAUGUUCAACCACGUGGCUGUGGCUGCCCGCUAUGCUCAACAGAAACACCGCAUCCGGAGGGUCCUUAUCGUAGAUUGGGAUGUGCACCACGGUCAAGGAACACAGUUCACCUUCGACCAGGACCCCAGUGUCCUCUAUUUCUCCAUCCACCGCUACGAGCAGGGUAGGUUCUGGCCCCACCUGAAGGCCUCUAACUGGUCCACCACAGGUUUCGGCCAAGGCCAAGGAUAUACCAUCAAUGUGCCUUGGAACCAGGUGGGGAUGCGGGAUGCUGACUACAUUGCUGCUUUCCUGCACGUCCUGCUGCCAGUCGCCCUCGAGUUCCAGCCUCAGCUGGUCCUGGUGGCUGCUGGAUUUGAUGCCCUGCAAGGGGACCCCAAGGGUGAGAUGGCCGCCACUCCGGCAGGGUUCGCCCAGCUAACUCACCUGCUCAUGGGUCUGGCAGGAGGCAAGCUGAUCCUGUCUCUGGAGGGUGGCUACAACCUCCGCGCCCUGGCUGAAGGCGUCAGUGCUUCGCUCCACACCCUUCUGGGAGACCCUUGCCCCAUGCUGGAGUCACCUGGUGCCCCUUGCCGGAGUGCCCAGGCUUCAGUUUCCUGUGCUCUGGAAGCCCUUGAGCCCUUCUGGGAGGUUCUUGUGAGAUCAACUGAGACUGUGGAGAGGGACAACAUGGAGGAGGACAAUGUAGAGGAGAGCGAGGAGGAAGGACCCUGGGAGCCCCCUGUGCUCCCAAUCCUGACAUGGCCAGUGCUACAGUCUCGCACAGGGCUGGUCUAUGACCAAAGUAUGAUGAAUCACUGCAACUUGUGGGACAGCCACCACCCAGAGGUACCCCAGCGCAUCUUGCGGAUCAUGUGCCGUCUGGAGGAGCUGGGCCUUGCCGGGCGCUGCCUCACCCUGACACCGCGCCCUGCCACAGAGGCUGAGCUGCUCACCUGUCACAGUGCUGAGUACGUGGGUCAUCUCCGGGCCACAGAGAAAAUGAAAACCCGGGAGCUGCACCGUGAGAGUUCCAACUUUGACUCCAUCUAUAUCUGCCCCAGUACCUUCGCCUGUGCACAGCUUGCCACUGGCGCUGCCUGCCGCCUGGUGGAGGCUGUGCUCUCAGGAGAGGUUCUGAAUGGUGCUGCUGUGGUGCGUCCCCCAGGACACCACGCAGAGCAGGAUGCAGCUUGCGGUUUUUGCUUUUUCAACUCUGUGGCUGUGGCUGCUCGCCAUGCCCAGGCUAUCAGUGGGCAUGCCCUACGGAUCCUGAUUGUGGAUUGGGAUGUCCACCACGGUAAUGGAACUCAGCACAUGUUUGAGGAUGACCCCAGUGUGCUAUAUGUGUCCCUGCACCGCUAUGAUCAUGGCACCUUCUUCCCCAUGGGGGAUGAGGGUGCCAGCAGCCAGAUCGGCCGGGCUGCGGGCACAGGCUUCACCGUCAACGUGGCAUGGAACGGGCCCCGCAUGGGUGACGCUGACUACCUAGCUGCCUGGCAUCGCCUGGUGCUUCCCAUUGCCUACGAGUUUAACCCAGAACUGGUGCUGGUCUCAGCUGGCUUUGAUGCUGCACGGGGGGACCCGCUGGGGGGCUGCCAGGUGUCACCUGAGGGUUAUGCCCACCUCACCCACCUGCUGAUGGGCCUUGCCAGUGGCCGCAUUAUCCUUAUCCUAGAGGGUGGCUAUAACCUGACAUCCAUCUCAGAGUCCAUGGCUGCCUGCACUCGCUCCCUCCUUGGAUACCCACCACCCCUGCUGACCCUGCCACGGCCCCCACUAUCAGGGGCCCUGGCCUCAAUCACUGAGACCAUCCAAGUCCAUCGCAGAUACUGGCGCAGCUUACGGGUCAUGAAGGUAGAAGACAGAGAAGGACCCUCCAGUUCUAAGUUGGUCACCAAGAAGGCACCCCAACCAGCCAAACCUAGGUUAGCUGAGCAGAUGACCACACGAGAAAAGAAGGUUCUGGAAGCAGGCAUGGGGAAAGUCACCUCGGCAUCAUUUGGGGAAGAGUCCACUCCAGGCCAGACUAAGUCAGAGACAGCUGUGGUGGCCCUCACUCAGGACCAGCCCUCAGAGGCAGCCACAGGGGGAGCCACUCUGGCCCAGACCAUUUCUGAGGCAGCCAUUGGGGGAGCCAUGCUGGGCCAGACCACCUCAGAGGAGGCUGUCGGGGGAGCCACUCUGGACCAGACCACCUCAGAGGAGACUGUGGGAGGAGCCAUUCUGGACCAGACCACCUCAGAGGAUGCUGUUGGGGGAGCCACGCUGGGCCAGACUACCUCAGAGGAGGCUGUAGGAGGAGCUACACUGGCCCAGACCACCUCGGAGGCAGCCAUGGAGGGAGCCACACUGGACCAGACUACGUCAGAGGAGGCUCCAGGGGGCACCGAGCUGAUCCAAACUCCUCUAGCUUCGAGCACAGACCACCAGACCCCCCCAACCUCACCUGUGCAGGGAACUACACCCCAGAUAUCUCCCAGUACACUGAUUGGGAGUCUCAGGACCUUGGAGCUAGGCAGCGAAUCUCAGGGGGCCUCAGAAUCUCAGGCCCCAGGAGAGGAGAACCUACUAGGAGAGGCAGCUGGAGGUCAGGACAUGGCUGAUUCGAUGCUGAUGCAGGGAUCUAGGGGCCUCACUGAUCAGGCCAUAUUUUAUGCUGUGACACCACUGCCCUGGUGUCCCCAUUUGGUGGCAGUAUGCCCCAUACCUGCAGCAGGCCUAGACGUGACCCAACCUUGUGGGGACUGUGGAACAAUCCAAGAGAAUUGGGUGUGUCUCUCUUGCUAUCAGGUCUACUGUGGUCGUUACAUCAAUGGCCACAUGCUCCAACACCAUGGAAAUUCUGGACACCCGCUGGUCCUCAGCUACAUCGACCUGUCAGCCUGGUGUUACUACUGUCAGGCCUAUGUCCACCACCAGGCUCUCCUAGAUGUGAAGAACAUCGCCCACCAGAACAAGUUUGGGGAGGAUAUGCCCCACCCACACUAAGCCCCAGAAUACGGUCCCUCUUCACCUUCUGAGGCCCACGAUAGACCAGCUGUAGCUCAUUCCAGCCUGUACCUUGGAUGAGGGGUAGCCUCCCACUGCAUCCCAUCCUGAAUAUCCUUUGCAACUCCCCAAGAGUGCUUAUUUAAGUGUUAAUACUUUUAAGAGAACUGCGACGAUUAAUUGUGGAUCUCCCCCUGCCCAUUGCCUGCUUGAGGGGCACCACUACUCCAGCCCAGAAGGAAAGGGGGGCAGCUCAGUGGCCCCAAGAGGGAGCUGAUAUCAUGAGGAUAACAUUGGCGGGAGGGGAGUUAACUGGCAGGCAUGGCAAGGUUGCAUAUGUAAUAAAGUACAAGCUGUUAAAAAA